AUGGCUUCACUCUCCACUGGAGAAGGGUUUGCUUGCGGAGGACUGGCAGGAUGUACCGCGGUCACUUUUACAAACCCAGCUGAAGUGGCGAAGACCCGCAUGCAACUCCAGGGCGAGCUCACGAAAAGCGGAGGACCGAAGGUAUACCGCAACGUCUUGGAUGUUUUUGCGAAAACGUGGAAAAAUGAGAGCAUAAGAGGAGUGCAACGCGGGCUUGGUCCAGCAUAUUUCUACCAGGUCGCUCUCAACGGAUGUCGGCUCGGUUUCUAUGAGCCCUUCCGUAGGGCGUUCAACAGGUUACUGGGGUACGAUGUCUCGCAGCAAGUCGCGCUGACGUCCAUGGGCGCGGGUACCGGCAGUGCCAUCGUCGGCUCCGCUGUCGGUAAUCCGUUGUUCUUGGUGAAAACGAGAAUGCAGGCAUACUCUCCUGUUCUACCGGUCGGGGCACAGAGAUUCUACAAGAAUGGAUUCACGGCGUUGUCGACUAUCAUUCGCGAGGAAGGAUGGAGGGGGCUGCUACGUGGUGUAGAUGCAGCGUGUCUCAGAGGCUCGUUUGGUGGCUCGGUUCAAAUUCCAAGUUAUAUCUGGGCCAAGUCCCAGCUAGUACGGCACAACCUUGGCGCUCCGGACAGUUUGUGGACAUAUCUCAUCAGCAGUUCAAUCUCUGGAGCUGUAGUGUGUCUGGUAAUGCAGCCGGCCGAUACAACCCUUACUCGCAUGUACAACCAGCCGACUGUUCGUGGCCCAGACGGACGCAUGGUCGGGACCCUGUACAAGAACCCGAUUGACUGCCUGUGGAAAACCCUGAAGACGGAGGGCGUCUUCGGCUGGUACAAAGGGUCUACCGCCCAUUUCUUGCGCAUUGCGCCGCACACGAUCAUUACUCUUACAUCGAACGAUCUGAUUGUUCGCUUGUAUCUCCGGGCUCGCGAACGUAUGGGCUAG